AUGUCUAAAAGACCCGUUUUGGAAGAAGUCGACGAUGACGACAUCGACAACAUGGACAUGGACAUUGCCCAGUUCGAUCCAUCGCUCCGCACACCCAUCGCACCCAUCAACAAACCGGUGAUCACCCGUUCCCAAGAUUCCGAACCCAACUUGCCUCUAUUCCCUCCACAGACCGCACAGCCGGAGUUGGAUCUUGCGCGUGGCGAUGCCUCCAAGGAGAUCAUCAACUCCACCAAGUUUUCCGAGGAGGAGAAGUCGGAAAUCAAGAAAAUGCAGCUCAUCUAUCCAUGCUACUUCGACGCCAACAGAACACACAAGGAAGGCCGCCGUGUGAGCCAGGAGUUGGCUGUCGAGAACCCAAUCGCAAAGACUAUUGUAGACUGUUGUCGCCUGCUUCAGCUUCCGGCCAUUCUUGAGUUGGACAAGUCUCAUCCACAAGACUUUGGAAACCCUGGAAGAGUGCGUGUGUGCUUGAAAGAGGACGGAGAGAGCGUUGCUUCAGAGUAUCGUACCAAGAGAGCAUUAUUCAAUGAAAUUUCGCGCUACUUGAAGCUGCAUCCCACAACAUUGGCCAGCGUUGGCAAGAACCUGGGUCUUCCUAUUCCGGCCGAGUAUGAGCAAGGUUUUGAGGCUGAGGAGUUGCCUAAGGUCAAGGGUUUCCGCAUGAACACUAUCGUACCUGUACACCUGAAUUUGACCAUGAAGCAUCCAAUGACAAAGCAGAUAUACGAACCUGAGCCUGAUGCGCCUGCACCUCCAAAGCCGGUAAAGGCGCCAAAGAAAAAAGUGAUGAAAAUUAGGGGAUGA